AUGAUUCUGUUAUUGCAGAGUGGGGAGGGCACAGGAAAGGAAGAGAAGGAGGGGGGAGUUAGGAGGCCGCGCAUGCGCUCAGGACGCCGCGAGCGCGUGCGAGGGAGCGGCGCUCGCGGCGGCCUCGCCCGGCGGUCCUCCGGCGGCGCACAUAGUAACCGAGGAGAGAGGAAGAGCCGACACCGCCCGGCGCCGGCGGAGGAGCGGGGCGUGGAC